AUGCCAGGAAAGAGAAUUGCGGUGAUUGGUGCUGGGGUCAGUGGAUUAGGGGCCAUUAAGAUCUGUCUGGAGGAGGGAUUGGAGCCCACCUGCUUUGAAGGAACCAAUGACAUUGGAGGACUGUGGAGAUACCAGCAUGAUAAUGUGCUUCACAAGAUUGAAUUAGGAAUCAACAGGUUCAAAGGUCAAUAUAUCCACAGCUGUGAAUACAGGAGUCCAGAGAAAUUUCAGGGGAAGAAAAUCAUUGUGGUUGGCAUUGGAAAUUCUGGAGCUGACUUGGCAAUUGAGCUCAGUCAUGUAGCUUCACAGGUGUAUCUCAGCACAAGGCAGGGUGUGUGGAUUUGGAACCGGGUCUGGGAUAAUGGAAUGCCCAUGGACACUGUUCUCUUCACUCGUUUUAAGACCAUCCUCAACAAAUUUUACCCUACGUUCUUAAUCAACAGAUGGGCAGAGGAUAAAUUAAACGCUCGAUUUAACCAUGACGUUUAUGGCUUACUACCUAAACACAGACUUCUCAGUCAUCAAGCUACUUGUGGUGAUGAUCUACCCAAUCACAUAAUAUCUGGAAGAGUUCUGAUAAAAGCAGAUGUUAGGGAGUUCACAGAGACGUCAGCCAUCUUUGGAGAUGGUACAGAAGAGGACUUUGAUGUUGUUAUUUUUGCCACAGGAUAUAGUUUCUCUUUUCCCUUUUUGGAAAACAAUGCAACAGUUCUGGACAGCCAGCACUCCAUGUUUAAAUUUGUCCUCCCCCCUCAACUAGAGAAACCAACACUAGCUUUCAUUGGCAUCCUCCAGCCAGUGGGAGCCACCAUUUCCACAUCGGAACUCCAGAGCUGAUGGGCCAUGCGUGUAUUCAAGGGAUUGAACAAAUUACCUUCGGUGAGUGGCAUGAUGGCAGACAUAAGACGGAAGAGAAAAAAAUUUGAAAAAGAAUUCCUGAAUAAUCCUCGCGACACAUGCAGAGUGCAAUACGUGGAACACAGGGACGAGAUUGCCUCUGAAAUAGGAGCGAAACCCAACCUGCCCUCCAUCUUCCUGUGGGAUCCAAAGCUGGCUAUAGAAAUUUUCUUUGGCCCAUGCACGCCUUACCAGUACCGCCUGCAGGGGCCAGGGAAGUGGGCUGGGGCCCGGAGAGCCAUCCUGACCCAGAGAGAGUGGAUCAUCAAGCCCCUGAGGACUCGAACCCUCAUCUGUGACCAGCCUCCAUCCUCUGUGCCAUUUUGGCUUAAAAGCGCCUGUGCAACUCUUCUCUUUGUUCUCACCUUAGUCAUUAUUAAAGGAUAA